UAUUUUGAGGCUUUUUGUAAGCUGCCCCCUUUUUUCUCCAUUUGGAAUGUACAUAAUGGUCAGAAUUUUCCUUUCUCGAUUCCACUCAAUUUUUUCGUACCUAAAUUAAUUUUCUGUAUUGUCUUGUCGUAUUUGCCACAAGAGUGGAAUUAAUGAAGGAAAAAAUCGGACAAUUAUCUACAUUUUUAGUGAAGAAAAAAAGAGGGGAAGGUCUUUUUUCAAAAUUUUUUUUUUAAUUUUUUAGUUUUCUGAGAAUCUCUUUCACUACAUUUCGAGUUACAUGUUUAAUCCUCUACCCGAUAAACAAAUUCCAAAUUAUUUUGAAGGAGAAAUUAAUGAAAAUAAAUGGAAACAAAUGUUUAUUGCACCAGAAAAGAGAAGUGAUGCUGAAAGAAUUUUUGGAAUUUUUAUUGCUUACAGUCUUUAUUUUGUCCAACCCUCACAAUUUGUUGUUCCAAUCCACGUAACUGUUCCCCAGAUGGAUGAUUUGAACGAAUAUAUGGAAACUGUUUUGUUACCUGAUGAACAAUUUGAUGCUCUUUUUUGUUUAUUUCGUUUAUCAAAUUUAAAUGCUUUUGCUAUUUAUCCUUGUGAUGGAACGUUCAAUCCUUUGUUACACAGACAUUUUCGUUUGCGUUUUGAUCCGGACAAUUUUGAAUUUGAACAGCGAAAGCUUAUGAAUAUGGAUAAUUUUCCUCAUCUUCGAGCAUUAAUUGACAGUCCUUUUUUUAAGAAUUUACAUGAGCGUUAUGCUAAAGGUAAACAAGAUAUAGUCAAUCAAGCAUCUGGUAGUGGAAGUGAAGUAUUGCCACAAAAUGCAUUGACACAACGGGAUGGUCCACGCACUUUGGUUACAAAACUUUUAAAUAAAGUUGAACGUUCAUUUGCUGCUGACAACGCUAUUUUGGACAGUACAAAAUCAAAUAAUAAUAAUAGUUCUCCACCAAAGUCUAAAAGAUCUAAACUUCAACAUAAUUCAAAGCCUUUAUCUUCUUCAAUUAGUUUUGUUGAUUUUAAAUAA